GUUACAGAUUACAAAUACGGAAAUAGAGUAGGGAAGACGUAAACGUCAGCGUUGUACUUUUUUUUUUAUCAGUACCACACGUUGUAGUUUACUUAUAUUUCAAGUCUGAAAACUUGCUUCAUAAUUUCUAGAAUAUAUCUAGAUAGCAAAUCAACUUCAUUUGUUUUUCAUUCUAUGGAGUUUUUGCAGCUUCUAUCAUGUGCAUGUAUCGUGUUUACGGUCGGGAUGUUCUCGACUGGACUGACCGAUCUGAAAAAGAUGAGGACUACACGAAGUGCCGAUAACAUCCAAUUCCUCCCUUUCCUUACCACUUGUCUAAAUAACCUAGGAUGGCUCUAUUAUGGUCUUCUGAAGAAAGACGGGACACUGAUCCUCGUAAAUACGAUUGGAGCCUCUCUGCAGACUCUCUACAUACUGUCCUACUGCCACUACACCAAAGAGAGAAGGCGAGCGUGGCUGCAGACUCUGGCAAUGGUGUGUACGCUGGGUGUGGGCUGGGGUUACUUCAGUGUGAUCGUCUCCCAGGGCAACGUCCAGCUUUCCCAGUUGGGCCUCGUCUGCAGUGUCUUCACCAUCAGCAUGUACCUGUCUCCACUGACUGACCUGAUGGAGAUCAUCCGCACUCGUUCGGUGGAGCGCCUCUCGUUCCCCCUAGCGGUGGCCACCUUCCUCACGUCCACCUCGUGGACCCUCUACGGCAUGCAGCUGCAGGACUUCUACAUCAUGGUUCCCAACACGCCAGGCAUCGUCACCAGCCUCAUCCGCUUCUUCCUCUUCUGGAGUUUUGGACCCGCCGAUCAAAGCACACCCUCCUACAAACCCGUCUCUAUUUAAACAGAGGGCUUUGUCUGGGGCCCUCCCCCACCAACAAGUGCCUUGGUCCUGGAUCUCCCUCGCCUGUGUGCUCUUAUAAGCAGCCUCAUCUCCCUUCUCAUCUCUCCAAGGUCCCUCCUCUCUGGGUUUUACAGUUCAGUUUGUAAAAGGCCGGUCAAAUUACAGAAGUUACUCUUCUGGUAUAGCUGAAAAUGUAGGUUGGUCUAUUCAAAAAAAAGAAAGAAAGAAAAAAAAGUUCUCAAGAUAUGGCUCCCAUCUUGAGCAAAGAAGUGUUUGACUUCUGAAGUUCAUGAGAGGGAGGGGAGCUGUUCUGUGUCCCGAAUGGCUACCUGGCUGUUGCCAUGGUGCGUGACUAGUGACCUUAAUCAUCCCCUCCAGAGAGGUUUCAAUUCAGUGCACUUUAAAGCGCGUAAUGACUGAAUUAGUCUGUUGCAGAAUGCUGGGUUGUCGGGUGUAUUUUUCAGGUACCUUGUUGCUCUUGUAACCCCUCAUACUGUUUGCAGUAUGUCCAUGCUUACCCAUUGUAUAUCGCUAUUCUGUAUGUGUGGAGAGUUUAGAUGCCAAAUGUUUCAAUACAGUGUUUUUUUGUGUUUUAACCUCUUUUUUAUUAUUAUUUUCAACCAUCAAGUCCCUUUGCACAACUUGCAUAACAUUUAAGAAAGACAUUAUCACUAUAUCAAUGUGCUUUUCGUGGGAUCUACAAGAAAGGGAUCAGAAGUGAAUCAGAACGCCAUUUCAAGGCCUUACGAGUUUGGCCUUGAGGAAUUCUUGUGACUUACGACCGGUCAUUAAUGUAUAGCUCCAUAAGUGGAGGUUGUUUUCUCUAUACAGUCCACUCUACGAGCCUUCUGACAGUUUGUUUCACACAGAUUCCUUGUAUACCGACCACUAUUUGUUUAAUUUGCAUGCUUGUGUAUGCUGAUGUCAUCCCUCCUUCACUGCCAUGUACAUCAAGAGUACCCACCAGAGCCAACACUAUCAGAUAGACUGCCAGAUGCCCUCUGACCUUUAUGUGACCUUUACCUGACCUUUAGUGGGAAGGAGCUUUUCUGAUAUGCGUAGGAGUCUUGAGGCCACCCAGGCACAGUUGUGUUUUGGGGUUCUCACAUGUAUGCACAAAGAGCCAGUGUGACAAGGCCUCAUGCCAGUUCAGCAAUAGCACACCCUACACGACUAGACACUUUUGCACAGAUUAGGGUUUGCUGUUGAAAUGUGGCCAGUCAGAUGUGUUUUUUUCCUGUUUUUUUGGAGGUGGGAAGUUGUGUGUGUGUGUGUGUGUGUGUGUGUGUGUGUGUGUGUGUGUGUGUGUGGGAGGGGGGGGAUGAUAACCUGAAGGCACGAUGACCAGAGAUUCGAUUCCCACCUCUCCCCCUGCCAGGGUUUAGUGUGAUCUUCAGUGACAUGUAGCUGAGCUGAGCCUGUGUGCAGCCACUUCACUUCCUGUCAGCAUUCUUUCAUACAACAUCUCAGCCUUGACCUUGACAUAGCUAGCCCAUUGACGGAGAAGAAGGAGGAGGAGGAGGAGGAUGACUUAUCCAUCUGUGAUUUUCUGUCCUGGCUUGUCCUGUGGGGGGGAGGAGAUGCACUGUGUUCACCUCAGCUGCACCUUCUCCACAAGAGAGUGACGAUGCAACCAUGCAGAACGGCGCAGAACAUUCUAGAUUCAUAGAGCGUCAGGUCAACGUAGGGUCACUGCCGUUAUUGUUAAAUUAAAAGGAUAUAUAACUAUAGAUUAUUCAUGAGUGACUGUCAGAAAGUUCACAUCACAGUGUCUACAGACUCUAUGUCAGUUAUUUGGACCAAAAGAUUCCACUCCAAAUUUUGUGGUGUAUUCGCUUUGGCCAUUUGGUCACUUUGGUACAUUGUAGCUCAGCCUCACAAGCCUGGGGCCAUCUGUUGUCUGUCUUUUAAUCUCUUUUAAUGGACUACAGUAGGCGAAGGUGACCAGUGGUUUGUGGAGCACACCUCACACUCCACAUUAAUGCCCUCUAAGGAUUCAGGGUAACGCUAGUAUCUGAAGCUAUUCCAUGCCUAUUAAAGGAGCAGUGCUUUUGUACUCCUGCUUUCUCUCUUGCUGGUGAUCGAAUUAAACAAGUAUCUCAGGUAUCUUCUUGACCCUUGGCAGGAGUUUCCGUUGCAGUAGCCAAAUGAGAUAAGUGUCAGCUUUCCCGAGUGAAAAGGAGAGAUAAGAGCCGUGAGGUUUAGCCUUUCGACUGCAGUAUGUGUCUCUGGUCACCCUCUAUGCCUCACUGCUCCAGGAGUGCUGAAAGACACCCACGUGAUUCCAUACAUAUCAGAUUAACUGUGUUAGACUUAAAGUAUACCUGUGUUGUUGGCUUUGCUAAAUACAUGAACCAUUUUUUUUUUGUAUUUUUCUAUAUAUAUAUAUAUGUAUGUAUGUAUGAAGUGGUGUAUAUUACUGAGCUUUGCCAUGUGCUGGGGGGGGGGGGUGUGAAGAGAUGUUUGUGGUUGAAAUGGUAUUACAUUUUAUAUGAUCUAAUUCCAGUUUUGAGUGCUUCAUGAAUUAUGUUUGCUAAGGGGGAGGGAACAAGAUGAAAGGAUGGUGUUGGACAGUCUCAAACGCUUGAGCCGAUGAUUUGUGUGUGAACCUUGUGUGUGAAGCUUGUGUGUGUGUGCGCGCGCACUGAGUGUGAGAGAACGUACGCUUUACACAACUUCUGAGCAAGUGCGUGUGUGAGAGCGGUGGGAACAGCCUUUGUGCUGUUUCUCAGUGCACUGCUGUGCCAGCAUCACUUCCUGUGAUCAGAAACCGAGCCUUUGGCCAGACACAACACAGGGAGGGAUGGAGGGAGGGAGGGAGGGACGGACACAGAGGGGCCUGCUCUCCAUAUCGGAACGAAAGCAGCCACAGGUGCAGCUGUGACGUUUGACGUGUUCAGUCACUCUGCUCCCUAAAGCAGAUUUUGUUCCCCGUCGAAAACGUAUAAUCAGACACUCGUGCAUCUGUCACCCACACACACACACACACACACACACACAUACCUCCUUCACACACGCACAGACACACACAUGCUUAAACACACUCCAGCUUCCCACGUGUAUUCAGAUGGGCUCGGGCAGACGGGGAGCGGGGAUAAGAAAUGUGUUUCCAAAGCACUGGAAAUCCAAGCUGGGGGGGGGGGGGCGGCCUGGAGGGGGGCAACGAUAAGGCCUUCAGUAUGGGAAAAAGGUGACUAACAGCAAAGGAGAGAGGGAUGAAGGAGAAAAAGAAAGGAGUGCAAGGAGAGAGGGAUGAAGGAGAAAAAGAAAGGAGUGCAAGGAGAGAGAAAUGAAGGAGAAAAAGAAAGGAGUGCAAGGGGGUGUAAUGGAGACGAAGGCAAAAGAUAGAAAGGAAUGGGUGGAGGGAGGUGGACUCAGUGGCAACAGGGAGACUAGAGAAGAAAAAAAAACA